AUGCAAAGCAUCUCAUCUGCGAUGUGCUUACGAUGCACCCCCCAGUGUUCUACAGUUCCAACAUGUGAAUCCCGGAAGCUGCGGAGAAUCCAGGGAGCUGGAAAAUUUCCAGCGUCCUAUUCCCGCUACCAAAUCUCCCCGACAGAGCCUUGCACCGUCCCAAAGCACGGAAGGUCUGGGAAUAUCUCCAAUAUACCUCACUGGGACCAAACACAGACCCCAUCUGCGCUUCUUUCCCUAGACGAGAGCCUAUUCGCGGAUUUCCUUUCGUCGUGGGAUGACGAGCUACCCGAAUUACCAGGCCUAGAUGAUCAAAUUUGGAAUUUCCCUUUUGAACUUCCGCAAUCCGACGCACAACUGUCCUCUCCAAGUCCAGAUAGAUCAUCAGAUCAUACUGAAAAGACAGCUCCACCCUCAGCACCCGAGCAGGGUUCAUUCACAGACAGUGGCUCAGCACGACCCAAUAAACGACCCCGAACGGAGGGAAUACCGACACAUCUCCUAGCACAACAUUAUUCUAGAGCCCUUGCUGGCAGAUUUUCGUUUAAGCGGCCUGACUGGACAUUUUACACAUAUUUCUAUCAUCGCUUCGCCAGAAGUCAUCCCAUCGCACUGUCCGCCAUCUUGGCAUGGACAUCCGCCAACCUUUUCUUCGUUGGACAGGCGACUUCACUGCACGAUGCAAUUUCACACUACGAUGAUAGUAUCUCUCUGAUAUCAAAGAAAUACGGCAUCUCUCUUCCAGAUUGCAAAUCUUGGCGCGAUAUGGUGGGCCAUUCACGCAAUCUUUCCUCCCAAUCCGAUGAUGAUCGGGAUGCUCUCUUCGUUGCAUGUUUUUUUCUCGCCCUCUUGGAUCUAGCUUUGGCUCGCUCGGGGCCACUUUUGAUUACUAUUCGGUUCAUCGCCUCACUUUUACAGAGCCCAGAAUUCAAGGAGAGGAUGACGGGAGUCCAAGCGAGAGUACUGUCCUGGUUCUGUAUUCUUGAUGGAAAGGCGUCGGCAUUUCAACCAGGCGAAGGCGCCAUCCUCCAGGCUAUAGGCAGUGAAGAGGAAAUCGUCGAAUUAGUCCGUGUAUCGUCGACAACUCUACAAGAUGCUUACAGCAUCACCUAUCCUGAAGAAGAGCGAAAAUCGGACGAAAGGCAGCACCCCCUUCUCGAACUUAUGCUUCGACUCUCUUUCCUACUGCAUAUUAUCACCAGUGUUAAGGGUAAACCUCGUGUUGGCUAUAUGGCCAAAGAUAUUCGCAGCAAGUUGAAUUCAUACUGUCAAGCUAUUGACCAAGACAUUGCUUCGAGUAGACAAGAGGGACGAAAUCGGUACACAUACCUCGUUCUACGUGCCCUCUAUCACAGCAUUGAAAUCUCCUACUCCAGAUGCCUUGUUGCAGGCGAUCAAAGGCACGCAGCGGACCAGCAUGCUUGCGAUAUCAUUCGAAUAACACAACAACUCAAAGCACUACGACCAGUGGGCUCGAAGGUGACACCGCCACCUACCAAAUUCUGGCCCUUGCCGCUCGUUAUGGCCGCAAUCGAAGUUAGAGAUCCUGUCUAUCGCGAAUGGGCCGUGAGAAUGCUGGCAGACUACGAAACAGUCGGAGGUGAUCAUUAUACAUGGUCGAGGAGAUUUGUGGAAGCCAUGUGUGAGAGAGAAGAUCAGAUCGCUCAGCGCCUGGAUUGGUCUUCGAUAUUGGCUGAAAUCAAAGAUGGUCUCGUCAUUUAG